UUAUAGAUUUGUCAUUCAUUGGCCCGUGAUAGUCGCUUAUGAGCACGGUAUAAAACUAACCAUGUUUGGACAGCUCAAGAAACUAAACUGCGAUUUGACAGUAAAAAAAAAAUAUUAGUUUUUCACUUUAAUAAUCAUUUUAAAAAACAACAUGUUCAUUCAAGAAUUGCCAACAGAGAUUGUGCGUAUGAUUUUUCAAGAACUACACAAACGAACACUGUUUGUUUGCAUGAGGGUCUGUAAAGCAUGGCAAGGCCCUGCUACCGAAUUUUUUUACGAAGUAAUAGUAGUGGGUGAGAAUAACAGACGAAAGUUCACAAUAAACUACGAAAAGCCCGAUCAGUUUGCCAAACUUGAGAGGUGGACUAGAACACUUAUCAUCCAUGACGAUUUUAACUAUCUCUCUACACAAUAUGGCAUAGAGUCAGAAUACGAAUCCGAUGGCGAAAGAGUCCAAUUUACUAUAGACUGUCGAAUUUUCUUUAAGCUAUUAAAUGAAUUAAACAACUUGAAGACGCUUGAUCUUACGGAAUCUCAUCAAGCCCAGCAAUAUCUGGAGUGGAUUGACGAGUCAGAAGUGGAGGACAUACCUGAAUUUGAAGCUAUAUUUCCCGGACGAUUGACAGGGUAUGAUGUUGAUUUUGGGGAACAUGACAUGUUUAGAAUUUACUAUAAAUUGCGGAACUCCUUAAAAUACAUGAAGAUAGAUUACAAGUAUCUUGUCAAUGGAAAAAAGCCUAUUCGAGGUGCUUCCUUGCUGUCGGACUUCACAAAGUUGUCCAAAUUAGUUAUAGAAGAUAUGCAGCCUGAUAGCGAUGUGUCUUGUGUAAACAUAUUGAAUUCCUGCACUACUCUCCAUGAACUUCAUUUGAAACACAAAUGUGAAGUACCUGAUUCAGUCUAUGACCAAGAUAUCAACCGGAAGGUUACAAAACUGAAAAGCUUGAAACUAGAAAUCCCGAAACUUACUAGCGCAUGCCUAAGAUACUUACUCCGCUGUGUUGUGACGGAUAAUCUAGAGAAUCUCGAGAUUGCUUUAUCAUCUGAAGAUAUUCUUACGUGGAUAGACAGAGAAGACGAAGAAAUUUUGAUGGAGUUUGCAAGAAAGCUGAAUUCUGUCAAGACUAUCAUGUUUAAAGGGUCGUAUGAUUGCGCUCAUAGUAAUCCAUCACCAUGUACCAAAGCCAGCAUGACAAAAGUCUACUCCGUAAUGAAUGCACUGAAGGGAAAGCGUUUAAUAAAACGUCAAAAUUUAUCAUUUAAUGAUACAAAUUACCGAGGACCUAAAAUGGGAAUAUCAGAUCAGAAGAGUCUGUCUUAUAUGUGUGAUAUUAAUUGUAGCUUGGAGGAAGACAAACUCGAUUGGUUAAUACCUGAUACCAGUGUACUCGUAAAUGGACUAGACACAGUAAACCAUGUCCAUUUUAGUGUGAAUGAAAGCAGGGAACAGUUCAGUCUUGGCUUAUUAAAUUUGAUGAUGACCAACUACCCGAAUAUCAAGACAGUGGACAUCAAUACUACAACACCAAAAAGCAUUUUGAAAUUGGAAUCGAAAUUUACCACUUUUGAUAUGGAUUUGAUUGGACCUUGUCCUAGUCAAGAAACAUUUGAUUUGAUUUCGACCUGUGUCCCUCGAAUUGGACAUCUAAACAUUGAAAGACUGAUUGGUUAUGAAAAAGACCGAAAUCAUGAUAAUCUCAUUUUAGACUUGACACGUUUAAAUGACCUGCAAAGAGUGUCAAUCGUUAUUAACUACACGCCUAAUUUUAAAAACGAUAUUUUCGGUGUCCAAUUCAAAUUUCCAGGCAGCGACAUGGUUCAUUGCCAUUUCAUAUCCCACUAUCGUAAGGAAUCUACUAAAGGAUUUGAAAAAGUACCGAUGUCUUCUUGUCAUACACACUACAGCUCCUCUAUGCGCAGGGUAUUCAUUCAAUGUCACGGUGUAAAAAAUCUGAGAUUUAGUGAAUCACCAAGACACUACCCGAUUGCCCAUAUGCGGGUAUCAUUUGAAAUCUCGAAAUAAACCGUAAUUUUUCCU